AUGUAUGAAAAAGACAGGGAGCAAGAAUGCAAGAAUUUAAAAUUAGUAGCAUUUAUUGGUGUCGCAAUGUCAACAAUUGCAACAUUAGUUUGCGUGAUCUCAGUACCAUUACUGUACAAUUACAUGCAGCACAUGCAUUCAGUAAUGCAAUCAGAAGUAGACUUUUGCAAGUUACGAUCCAGUAAUAUAUGGCGAGAAGUAACGCGAACACAAAUAUAUGCAAAAGUCGAAAGUGGAAUUCGACAAGUGCGACAGAUAGGAAAUGAUCAAUCAAGUGUUGUGUUUGGUGCCCCGGCAUCACCAACAGGUGAAUGUUGUGGAUGUGGUGUUUCACCGCCGGGUCCACCCGGUCCACCGGGUGAGGAUGGUAGUGAUGGUGCUGAUGGUGAAAGUGGACCACCUGGUAAAGAUGGCCAGGAUGCACCACAGGAACCACCUACACCGCCGAAAAUCGAUUGGUGCUUUGAAUGUCCUGAUGCACCGGCAGGACCACCUGGUAUACAGGGACCGAAAGGAGUACCAGGCAAGCAGGGUUCACCAGGUCCAGAUGGACCUGCUGGUAGCAGUGGUCCAGCUGGUGAACCAGGACCAGAAGGACCAGUAGGACCUCCUGGAGCACCGGGUGAGAAAGGUCCUGCUGGACCACCAGGUACUGUCAUUGAAAAAGAAGGACCAGUAGGUGCACCAGGAAAAGCAGGAGAACCAGGUUUACCAGGACCUAGCGGCGAAGCAGGAGCAGCUGGUAAAACUGGAUCAGAUGGACCAGAAGGACCACCAGGAGAUGCAGGCAUAGAUGGACCACCCGGAAAACCUGGAUCUGAUGGUGAUAGGGGACCAGAUGGUGAAGCUGGACCACAAGGUACCUGUGAUGCUUGUCCACCUCCAAGGACAGCACCUGGUUAUUAA